AUGAGACUCAUUGUAUAGCAAUAUUAUGGUUUUGGUUAGAAAAAAACCUUUAAGAUUGAAAUUAAUGAAGAAGACUCAUCAGACUAACUGAUUUCUUUAAUUGCUUCAAAAGUUGGACGUUUAGUAUAGGAAUUAGUGAUAAAGUGUAAAAGAGAUUAGUAUUCUAUAAAAAUAAUAGAGGGUUGGCCUAUAGAAUUUUAUGAAUUACAAGAAAAUUAGAAUAUUUUGGUUGAAGUAAGGGAAAAUGAGUCAGACACAAAAUAAAAGGAAUAAAAGAGAUAAACUGAAAAAUACUUGAACAAAUUAUUUAUAAACCAAAGAGAAAAACCUUAAAAACUAUCAGAAGUAUCUGAAACAAGUGAAAAUUCAGAUGAUGAAGGCAAUUCCUCAAAAUAAAAAUCUUCGAAUACAAAUGUAGAACCUAUAUAAUCUGAUUAUGAAGAUAAAAUAUUUUAAACAGUGAAAAGUGGUAAUUUAGAUCUGCUACAACAACUUUGUUAAAAAAUAAAUCCUUCAUUAUUAAAUCAAGCAACAUUUGGAGGGUGGAAUCCAAUCCAUUUUGCAUCUUUUUUGGAAUAUAAAUUAAUUGUAGAGUUUUUGAUUUCCAAAGAUAUUGAUAUAAACAAGGUAACCGAUGAAGGAUGGACUCCAUUAUAGAUAGCAGUGCAUCGUCACAAUAUUGAGAUUGUAAAAGUAAUCUUGAAUCAUCCUCAAAUUGAUGUGAAUUUGAUAACAGACAAGGGAAUUGCAUUAAAUUUGGCAUGCAAAUCUGGCUAAAUAAAAAUAAUAGAUUUAUUGCUUUAAAAAAAUGCUGAUCUCAAAUUACAAGAUAAAACUGAGAGAACAGCCUAUGAUUAUUGUAAUUAGGAAACUAAGUUGUACAUUGAAUAAUCGAAGAAAAGCAAUCAAAUGAAAGAUUAAUUAAAGAGUGCAGAUGAUUUUAUUCCUCCUAGACCCCCAAUUGCCAAAGGGUUCAUCUAUAAAACGGGUUAAAUGUUGGUCACCUUAAAUGAGAGAUUUUUCGUAUUAAAUCCUGAUGAAGGAACUUUUAUAAGAUUUAAGAAUAUUUCAGAUUACCCACUAAAACCAUUAGAGAUCAUCCCUCUGAGAAGUGUCAAAAGUGUGCUUAUGACUCAGAAGGGUUUUAUAUCUAAAUCUGGAUAUCACUAUUUUGAGUUGUUGUAUUCAACUAGAAUUAUUCUGGCAUGUAAACAUGAACAUAUAGCGAAAAAAUGGGUGGAGUAUCUUUAUAAAGCAACUGUUUAUUAUCAAUACAUUGAAGAAAAAAUGAAAGAAGGAUCUCUAGAUCCAAAUUUAAUAGAUAAAAACACUGAAGUUUUAAUUGAAGACACUAAUGCAAAAGCUCCUUCUUCUGAUCCCCCUCCAAAACAGAUAUCACCUGAAUAAUCUAUCUCAUUACCAAGAGAUGAAGCAUCUAUAAUAAUUUAAAAACGAUUAUCAAAUCCAGAGCCUGUUCAUAGGUAUAGUCAAAGUCCUCCAAAAAACUCAGAAAUUGAAUAGCCAAGACAGAUAUCUUAAUCUUAGCAAUAGUUAACAUCAUCAGUUAUGGACAGUCAAAAUGAAUUGCUUAAGGAUAGCAAAGUGAAUUUCGAUUCAUUUGAGAUAAUAAAAGAGUUGGGAUCAGGAGCUUUCGGAAAAGUGUUUUUAGUUAAACAUAAAGCAGAUGGUAAUAUAUUUGCAAUGAAGGCACUUAAAAAGAAGACUCUAAUUUUGAAAAAAUAAAUCAAGUAUGCCAUUACUGAAGCUAACGUUUUAAAGAUGUGUAAACACCCAUUUAUUCUUGGAUUACAUUUUGCAUUCUAAACUCCAAAUUAUUUGUACCUGGUUCUAGACUAUUGUCAAGGAGGUGACUUAUCCUAUCACAUAGCCAAUUUAGGGAAGUUCUCUGAAGAUACUGCUAGAUUCUAUGCUGCUGAAAUCCUUUUGGCUAUUGAAUUUCUACACACUAAAGAUAUCAUCUACAGAGAUAUGAAGCCAGAAAAUAUAUUGUUGGAUUCUUAAGGUCAUGUCAAAUUAGCAGAUUUUGGAUUAUCAAAGGAAGGUGUUUCUGAUUAGGAUAAGGCAAAGAGUUUCUGUGGAUCUCCUGCAUAUUUAUCACCUGAUAUUCUAAGUCAAAAAGGAGCAGGAAAGCCCAGUGAUAUCUAUGGAAUUGGAUGUGUGAUGUAUGAAAUGAUGACUGGCGAAUCUCCAUAUUAUAAUGAUGAUAUACAACAGAUGUAUAAAAACAUACAAAGUGGAACCUUGAAAUGGCCAAAGAAAAUGUCAGUCGAAGCCAAAAACUUACUCACUAAAAUGUUAGAGAGGGAUCCAAACAAAAGAAUCGGAACUAAAUCGAAAGAUGAAAUUAAGUAGGAUCCCUUCUUCAAGGGAAUUGAUUGGGACAAAGUUUAUAAAAGAUAAUAUAAACCUCCAAUCACUGAUUUCUCUGAAAUGCAUGAUGAUGAUGAUCAAUAGGAUUUCGAUGGGGAUGAGUUGGGAUAUGGUGGAAAAGCUAUCUUUUAGGAUUAGGACUACGAACAAGAAAAUAAUAGGACCAAUAGAGUCAAAAAUUUUAGUUUUGCCACUAACUCAUCAUGA